AUUUUGUUGUUCAUAGGCAGUGCGCGCACGACGCAGGGAAGUUCCUCGGUAACCCUUUUGGGCAGCGCGAUCAGUCAACCCAACCUCCCAACCUCUCUCGAAGCUGCAGGCCUGCACCUCAUCCCGUCUCCAUCCACUCAGAGCGGCCGCCACCCAUUCUUCCCUGCUGCCGCCCAACCGCUCUCCGCCUCUCUAUCAAUGUCAAUCUGUAUCCGUACGGAGCAUUUGCACCAGGUUUCUGCUUUUCGCGUACCGUCCCGCCAGGUGGCUCUUACCGCCUCUGCUGGCUGGUCAGGUAUUCGUUGCGUAUCCAUCUGUACCGUGCGUACCUUGACUGAGGCUGGGACGUACAGCUUGAGAUGUACAAUGGGAUACCUCUCAUCCUCCCGCCGUCCGUCUUCCUCUCGGGAACUAGGCGGCGCAAGCUGGGCUAAGCAGGCUAUCAUCGCUUGGCCAGCAAGAGGCUAG